AACACUAGCUUCCUGCCUCCACAGACUCAUAGGCUAUCUGUUGAGUUGAGAAGGAAGUGUUUCCAGAUGUCUUUCACGAGAAGGUUGGAGGAAUAAAAGUAUUGGAACGGGUCCAAGUCCGACCGGAAACGUCACCUGAGGGCGCGGCGCGCAGGUGGGUGGAGAACACCUAUGAAGGUAAACGCGGAAGUAAAGGUAAAUUCCACUGGAGAAACAUCAGAAGAACAGUAGAUCAGGAUUUCAUGCUGCUAGACGAACAACAAUAACAAAUAACAUCUUUUCUAACUGCAGUUUCAUUAUGGGCCUGUGUGACGGCCUCUCCCACUGUAAACUGGCUCUGGCUUUUGCUGUGUUGAUGGAUUUACUGGGAGGAGCCACUCUGCUGGUGGGAGUCUUCGUCCCCCUGGAGAUCAAAGGACAGGACUACGGAGACUUACUGGUCUAUUCUGGGGUUCUGUUUGUGCUGAUGUCUCUGGCUGGAUGGCUUCUGUGGUACAGCGGAAACAUCGACGGCCUGACGUCCAAGAAGGAGCUGGGACACAUGGACAGCGUCGUCGACCGGCUGGCUCGUAACCUCAGCCGCAAGAUCCGCACGUACAGGGGUCAACACUGAGCCGCAAGGAGGAUGUCAGAAUUUCAUUUCAAAAGUCUGCUUGUAUUUAUCAGUAUUAGUAUUACAUACAGAUGCUGAAUGAAAUUCUACUCUACCUGUAUACCUGUACUACUGAAAUACAAUGUAAAUGUUACAAGUAUGUGAGAAACAUUAUAGAUGUGCACCUGCUGUUCUGUCACAAAGUUGUGUUAUUGAUGUUUUAAUAUAAUUAGUAUUUUUAUUUUAUAAGUGUCAUUCAGUCAUUCAAGCAGUGGUCUCAUGUUUCAAUAAAAGCCUUUUUAGACAUU